AUGGUGGUGGGGGAUUUUUUUGUUGGUUGGGUAGUUGUGUGUGAGGUAUUGGUGGGUGGGGGUAUGUGGGGUGAUGGGUUGUGUGUGGUGGUGGGUGGGGAGUUUUGGGGGGGGGUGGGGUUGGGGGGUUGGGGGUGGGGUUGUGUUGGGGGGUUGUGGGUUGGGGGGGGGUUUGGGGUUGUGUUGGGGGGGGGGGGGGGGGGGGGGGGGGGGGGGGGUGUGGAUGGGGGGGGGGGGGGGGGUGGGGGGGGGGUGGGGGGGUUGGGUGGGGGGGUUGUUGGGGGUGGUGUGGGGGUGGGGUGGGUGGGUGGGGGGGGGGGGGGGGGUGGGGGGGGGUGUGGGGGGGUUGUUGGGUUGGGUUGGGGGGGGGGUGGUGUAGGGGGGGGGGUGGGUUUUGUGGUGAGGGGGGGUGUGGGUUGGGGGGGGGGGGUGGGGGGGUUUUUGGUGUGGGUGGGGGUGGGGGGGGGGUGGGUGUUUGUGGUUGGGGGGGGGGGGGGGUGGGAUGUGAUGGGGGGUGUGGGGGUGGGGGGGUGGGGGGGGUGUGGGUAUGGUUGUGGUUGGUGUUGGGGGUGUGUGGUUGGGGGUGUUGGUUGGGGGGGUGGGGGGGGGGGGGGGUGGGGUGGUGGGUGUUGUGUUUUUUGGUGUAGUGGUGGGGGGGGGGGUGGUUGUUGGUGGGGGUGUGGGGGGGGGGGGGGGGGUGGGGUGGGGGGUGGGGUGGGGUGGGGGGGGGGGGGGUUUGGUGGGUUGGGGGGGGGGUGUGGGGGUUUGGGGUUUGUUGGGGGGGGGGGGGGGUGUGGGUGUUGUUGUUGUGGUUGUGUUUGGUUGUGUUGUUGGGUGUUGGUUUUGGUGGGUGGUGGGGGAGUGGGGUGUGGGGGGGGUGGGGGGUGGGGGGGGGGGGGGUGGGGGGGUGGGGGGGGGGGGGGUUUUGGGGGGGGGGGUGGGGUUUGGGUGGGGGGGUUGGGGGGGGGUGGGGGGGGGUGUGUGGUGGGGUGGGUUGGGUGGGGUUGGGGGGUGUGGGUUUGGUGGGGUGUGGGUGGUUGGGUUGGUGGGUGUGGGGUUUUUUGGUGGGGGGGGGUGGGGGGUGGGGGGGUGGGGUGUUGGGGGUGGUGGUGGGUUGUGUGGUGUGUUUUGGUAGUGGGGGGGGAGGGGGUGUUGGUGGGGGGGGGGGGGGGGGGGUGGGGUGGGGUGGGUGGUGGGUGGGUGUUUUGGGGGUUGGGGUGUGGGGGGUUUUUUGGGGGUGUGGUGGUUUUGGGUGGGUGGGGGGGGGGGGGGGUGGGGUGGGGGGGGGGGUGGGGGGGGGGGGGGGGGGGGUGGGUUGGGGGGGGGGGGGGUGGGGUUGGGGGGGGGUGUGUGUGGGGGUGGGGGGGGGGUGUGUGGGGGGUGUUGUUGGGGGUGGGGGAGGGUGGGGGGUUGGUGGGUGUUGUGGUGUGGUGGGGUGGUGGUUUUGGGGGUUGGUGGGGGGGGGUGGUUGGUGGUGGGGUGGGGUUGGGGGUUGGGUGGGGGGGGGGGUGUGGGGGGGGGGGUUGGUUGUUGGGGUUGGGGGGGGGGGUUUUGGUGGUGGGGUGUGUGUGUGUAUUUGUGUUGUGGGUGGGGUGGGUGGUUGUGGUGGGGGUUGGGGGGGAGUUUUGGGGGGGGGGGGGGGUUGGGGUGUGUGUUUGGGUGUGGGGGGGUGUGUGUGUGGGGUUGGGUUGGGGGUGGGGUUUGGUGGGGGUGGGGGUGUUGGGUUGGGUGGGUGGGUGGUGUGGGUGGGGUGGGGGUGGUGGGGGUGUGGGCGGGGGGGGGGGGGUUGGGGGGUUGUGGGUUUGUGUGGGGGUGGUUGGGGGGGGGGUUGGUGGGGGGGUGGGGUGUGGGGGUUGGGUGGUGGGGGGUGGGGUGGUGUUGGGUGUGGGUUUGGGUGGUGGGUGUUGUGGGGUGGUUGGGUGGUUGGGGUGGGUUUGGUGUUUUGUGGUGGUGGUGUGGGUUGGUGGUGUGGGGGGUUUGUGGUGGGGGUGGGUGGGGUGGGGGGGGGGUGUGUUGUGGGUUUUGGUUUGGGGGGUUGGGGGUUUGGGGGGUUGGGGGUUGUGGGGGGGGUGUUUGUGGUUUGGUUGGGUGGGUGGGGUGGGGUGGUGGGGGGUUUGGGGGGGGGGGGUGGUGUGGGUGGGGGGGGGGGGUGGGAGGGGGUUGUGUGGUUGGGGGGGUUGGGGGGGGGGUGGUGGUUGGGUGUGGUUGGGGGGGGGGGUGGUGGGGGGGGUUGUGGGGGGGUUGGGUUUUUGGUGGUUUGUGUGGUUGGGUUGUGUUUUUGGUGGUUGGUUGGGGUUUGGGGGUUGGUGGGUGGGGUGGUUGGGUUUGUGUGGGGGGGUGUGGGGGGGGGGGUGGGGGGGGGGUUGGUGGUGUGGGGUUGGUUGUGGGUGGUGUGUGUGUGGGUGGGUUUGGGGUGGGUUUGGGGUGUUUGGGGGUUGGGGGGGGGGGGGUGGGUGGGGGGGGGGUUGUGUGGGGGGGGGGGGUGGUGUGUGUUGGGGGUUUUGGUGGGGGUUGGUGGGUGGGUUGGGGGGUGGUGGGGGUGGUGGGGGGGGGGGGUGGGGUGUUGGUGGGGGGGGUGGGUUUGGGGUUGGGGUUGGUGGGUGGGGGGUGGGGGGGGGGGUGGGUGGGGUGGGUUGGGGUGGUGUGGGGGUGGGUGUUUGUGGGUUGGGGGGGGGUGGGUGUGGGGGGGGGGUGGGGUGGGGGGUUGUGAUGGUUUGGGUGUUGUGUGGUGUGGGGGUUUGGGGGGGGGGGGGGGUUGUGGUGGGGGGGGGGGGUAUUGGUGGAGGUGGUUUGGGUUUUGGGGGUGGUGUUGGGUGUUUGGGUUGUUGGUGGGGUAGUUUAGGAUGUGUGAAUGGGUGGGGGUGUUGGUGGAGUGUGGGUUUUUAUGGGGGUUUGUGGGUGGUGGUGGGGGUUAGGGUUGGUUGGGUGGUUUGUGUGGUGGGGGUGUUGGUGGGGGGUUUAGGGUGGGGGGGGGUGGUGUUGGGGUGGGUGGGGUGGUGGUGGUGGGGGUGGGGUUUUGGGUGUUUGUUUUUUGUGGGGGGGGGGUUUGGGGGUGGAUGGUGUGGGUGGGGGGUGUGUGUUGGGGGGGGGGGGGGGGGUGGGGGUGUGGUGGUGUUGGGUGUUGUUGGGGGGUGGGGGUGUGGGGGUGUGUUUUUGUGGUGGGUGGGGGUGUGGGGGGGGUUGUGGUGGUUUUGGGGGUUGGUGGGAUGUGGUUGGGUUGUGUGUGUGGGUGUUGUGGUGUUGGAGGUUGUGGUGUGGUGUGGGGGGUGGGUGUUGUGUUGGGUGGUGGGUGGGGGGGGGGGGUUUGGGGGUGGGGGGGGGGUGGGGGGUUGGUGGGUGGUGGAUUGGGGGGUGGGUGGGGUGGGGGUUUUUGUGGGGGGGUGGGGUUAUGUGGGUGGGGUUAUGGGGUUGGUGUGUUGUGAUGGGUUUGGUUUUGUGGUGGUGGGGGUAGUGAUGGGGGAUGGGUACAUGGGGUUUGUUGGUGGUUUUAUGUUUUUGUGGGGGGUGUGUUUUUGUAGGGGUGUGGUUGGGGGGGGUGGUUGGUUGGUUGGGGGGGUUGGGGUGGGGGGUGGGGGGGUGGUUGGGGGGGGUGGUUGGUUGUGUGGUGGGGGGUGGUGUGGGGUGGUGUGGUGGGUUGGGUUUUUUGUGUGUUGUGGGGGGUUGGUGGGGGGGGUGUGUUGGGUGUGGGGGGGGUGGGGGUUGGGGGUGGGUAGGGGGGGUGUUGGGUGGGGGUGGUUGGUGGGGUGGGUUUGGUUUGGGGGUGGUUUUGUGGUGGGAGUUUUUGGUGUGGUUGGUGGUGUUGGGGUGGGGGGUGGUGGGGGUGUGGGGUGGUUUGGGUGGUGGUGGUUGGUUGUGGUGGGUGGUUGGGUUGUGGUUGGGGAUGGUGGGGUGGGGGGGGUUGGUGUGUUUAUUGGGUGGGGUUUUGUGGGGUUGGUGGGGUUGGUGUGGGUGGUGGGUGUGGUUUGUGGGGGGGUUGGGGUGGUUGUUGUGGAGUUGGGGGGGGUGGUUGGUGGGGUUGGGGGGGGGGUAGGGGUUGUUGUGGAGGUUGGUGGGGGGGUUGUGUGGGGGGGGGGGGGGGGUGGGGUUUGGGUUGGGGGGUGUGUGUUGUUUGGGGUGUUGUUGGGUGUUUGUAUGGGGGUUGGGGUAGUGUUGGUGUGGGGGUGUGGGUUUGUGUUUGGUUGUGGUGGGGGGGGGGGGUGGGGGGUGGGGUUGGGGGGUUUGGUGUGGGGGGGUUUGUGGGGGGGGUGGGUGGGGGGGGGGGGGUGGGUGGUUGAGGGGGGGGGGGUGGGGGUGGUUGGUGGGGGUUGGGGGGGGGGGGUGGUUGGGGUGUUGGGUUGUUGGGGGGGUGGGGGGGGGGGGGGGGUGGGGUGGGUGUGGGUUGGUGGUGGUUGGGGGUUUGUUUUUGUGAGGGUGUGGUGUGGGUUUGGUGGGAUUGUUUUGUGGUGUUGGUGUUUGUUGGGUGAUUGGUGUGGUGGGAUUUGGGGUUGGGUGGUGUUUGGUGUUGUGUGGGGUGGGGUUGGGAUGGUUUUGGGGGGUUGGGGGUUUGGGAGGGUGGUUGGGGGGUGGGUUUGGGUGUGGAUGGUUUGGGUGGGGUGUGGGGGGGGGGGUGUAUGGUUGUUUGGGGGGUUGGUGUUGGGGGGUUGGGGUUUUGUUGAGGGGGUUGGUUGUGGGGGGGGUUUGGGGGGGGUGGUGGGUGGGGUAUUGGGGGUGGUGUGGGUGUUGGAUUGGGUGGUGGUUAGGUGUUGGGGGGGGUGGUGUGGUGGUUUUGUGUUGUGGGUUGUGUGGUGUGUUUUGUGUUUUUUAUUUUUGUGUUGUGUGUUUUUGUGGUUUUGGGUGUUUGUUGGGGUUUUUGUGUGGGUGUGGGGUGGGUGGUGGGGGAUGAGGAGAGAGGGGGUUAAGGAGUUGUGGUAUAGGAAUUAUUUUGUUAGUGUGUGUUUGUGGUUGGGGUUUGUUUUUUGUGUGGGUUUGGGGGUUUUUGUGGGUGGGGGGUGUGUGGUGGGGGGGGUGGGGUGGGGGGGGGGGUUGGGGGGGGGUGGGGGUUGUGUGGUUGGUUGGGUGUUGGUUGGUUGGUGGGUGGGGGGGGUUGUUGUUGGUGGGGGGGUGGGUGGGGGUUGGUUUUGGGGGGUGUGGGUGGUGUGUGGGGUGUGGGGUUGUUGGGUUGUGUGUGUUGUUGUUGUGGUGGUGGUGGUUUGGGGGGUUGUGGGUUUGGGUGGUGGUUUUUUUGGUGGGGUUGUUGUUGUUGUUGUUUUGUUUUUGUGUGUGUGUGGGGGGGGGUUUUGGGGGGGGGGUGUGGGGUGGGUGGUGGUGUGGGGGGGGUUGUGGUGGGUUGUUUGUGUGUGUGGGGGGGGGUGGUGUGGGGGGGUGGGUUUGUGGGGGGUGGGGGGGGGGGGUUGGUUGGGGGUGGUGUUGUGGGGGGGGGGUGGGGGGGGGGUGGGGGGGUGUGGGGUUGGGGGUUGUGUGUGUUUGUGGGGGGUGGGGGCGGGGGGGGGUUUGGGUGUUUGUGGUUGUGUUGGUGGGUGGUUGGGGGGGUGGGUGUUUGGGGUGGUGUGUAGGUGGUUUUGGUGGGUGGGGUGGUGUUGGGUGGGGGGGGGGGUUGGGGGGGUGGUGUUGUGUGGUGUGGUUUGGUGUUGGGGGGUGGGGGGGGGGGGUGGUGGGGGGGGGGGGGGGGUGGGGGGGGGGGGGUGGGUGUGUUGGGGGGGGUGGUGGGGGGUGGGGGGGGGGGGGGGGGUGGUUUUGGGGUGGGGGGGGGUUUUGGGGUGGUGUGUGGGGGUGGGGGGGGUGGUGGGGUUUUGGGGGUGGGGGGGGUGGGUGUGGGGGGGUGGGGUGUGGGGGGGUGUUUGUGGUGGGGGUUGGGUGUGUGGGGGGGGUGGGGGGGGGGGGGUGGUUGGGGGUGUGGUGGUUUUGGGGUGUGUUGUGUGUGGGGUGUUUUGUGGUUGGUGUUGGUGUUGGGGGGUGGGGGGGGGGGGGGGGUUUGUGUGGGGUUGGGUGGGUGGUGGGGGGGGGGUGGGUGUUGGGGUGGGUGGUGGGGGUGGGGGUGGGGGUGGGGUGGGUGGGGGGUUGGGUUGGGGUGUGGGGGGGGGGGUGGGUUGGGUUGGGGUGUGGGUGGGUGUGGGGUGGGGGGUGGGGGGGGGGGGGGUUGUGUUGUGGGGGUGUUGUUGGGUGUUGGGGUGGGGUGGGUUGGGGUGUUGGAUGGUGUGGUUGGGGGUUUUGGGGGUGGUGUGGGGGGGGGGGGGUGGUGUGGGGGGGGGGGGGGUGUUGGGGGGUGGGGGGGUGGGUUGUGGUGGGGGGUGGGUUGUGGGGUGGUGGUUUUGUUUUUUGUGGGGUGGUUUGGUGUGUGGGUGUUGGUUGGGGGGUGUUUGGUGGUUUGGUGGGGGGGUGGGUGGUUGGGUGUGGGGGGGGGUGGGGGGGAGGGGUGUGUGGGGGUGGGGUUUGGGGGUGGGGGGUGGGGUUGGUGUUGGGGGGGUGGUUGUGGGGUUGUGUGGUGUGGGGGGGUGGUUGGGUGGGGUGUGGUGGGUGGGUGGGGGGUGGGGGUGUGGUGUGGGGGGGGGGUGGGGUGUUGGGGUGGGUGGGGGGGGGGUGGGUGGGGUUGGGGGGGUGGGGUGUGUGGUGGGUUGGGUGUUGGGGUGUGGGGGGGGGGGGGGUGGUGGGGGGGGGGGGGGGGGGGGGGGGGUGUUUGUGGGUGGGGUGUGUGGUGGGUGGUGGUGUGGGUGGGGGGGGUGGGGGGGGGGGGUGGUGGGGGGGGGGGGGGUGUGUGGGGUGGGGGUUUUGUUGGUUGGUGGGGGGGGGUGUGGUGUGUGUGGGGUUGGGGUGGGUUGGGGGGUGGGUUUGUGGUGGGGGGGGGGUGUUAUGUUGGGUUGUGGGGGGUGGUGGGGGGGGGGUGGGUGGUGGGGUUGGGGGGGGGGGGGUUGGUGUGGUUUUGGUGUGUUGUUUGUGUUGGUUGGGGGUUGUGUGGUGGGGUUUGUGGUGGGUGGUUGGUUUUGUUGGGUUUGUUGUUUGUGGUUUUUGGUUUUUGGUGUGUUGGUUUUUUUUUUUUGGGGUGUGGUGUGUUGGGUGGGUUUUGGGGGGGGUUGGGUGGGGGUGGGGGUUUGGGGGGGUGGGGGUGGGUUUUUGUGUGGUGUGUUGUUUUGGUUGGUGGGUGUUUUUGUGGGGGGGUGGGGGUGGGUUGGUGGGGGUGGGGUUGUGGGGGGUGUUGUGGUGGUUUUUUGUGGGGGGGGGGGGGUGUUUUUUGUUGGGGGGGGGGGGUGGGUGGGUGUUGGGGGGGGGGGGGGGGGUUGGUGGGUGGGGGUUGUGGUUGUGGUGUGUUUUGUGGUGUUGGGGGUUGGUGGGUGGGGUGGGUGUGUGUGGGUGGGUUGGUUGGGUUGUGUGUGGGGGUUUGGGGUGUUGGUUGGGGGGGGGGGUUGGGGUGUGGGGGGGGGGGUUGGGGGGUGGGUGGUGGUGUUGGUUGUUGUGGGGUGUGGGUGUGGGUUUUGUGUGUUGGUUGGGGUGUGUGGGGGUUGGUUUGGGGGUUGGGGGGGGUUGGGUUGUGGGUGGGUAUGGUAG